UGGGUUCAGAUGGUCCGAGUUACAUGCAAAAGAGGUUUAUUUAUAAUUCUGCACACAAGUGCGAACUUGGAUUAAGUAACAUGACUCGAGUGUCAUGCAAACCUUCACAGAAAAUUGCCAAAUGCUGUUCUGAGAGAUGAUUAAAACAUAAGAGUGGGUUGGAAGUUGGAGCAUACAGUUUGGGACAUUUUGUGUGGUAGACCAUCUACACUUUGAAAGCCCCAGACAGAAUUUUCUUUCUGAGGGACACAUUCACACACACCCAGGAGAGUCUAGUAAAGGGUGUUGUCUGGGUGGAGUGUUUCAGUAUUACACCAGACACAUGUUUAGACACCCACCUGCUCUGAAUUCUCCAGACUUUUGUUGCCGUGAACACAUGCAUUCAGGGUUUUACUUGUAGACUUUCUUGGAUGUUAUACUAGGAAGCAGUACAGUUACACCCAGGCCAAUUUUUUUUUUUAGGCGUUUGUGGUCGCAAACAGCCCCCUCCAAGUCAGGUUUUCAGAAUGUCUGUGUGUGAGAAACUACAGACCAGCCUUACAACACAUGCAAAAGAGGGAGCUUGGAUUAGAACACUCAGCUGGUAUGGCGAAUCCAACUGAGAAUAUUCCCUCUGCCACAAAGGGUGAUCCCCCCCCACCCCACUUAAAAACUUUUCUAGUAGCCUUCAUGGUUGAUCACUUACUGAAUUGGGUGACAGUGUUUUCAUUUACAAAAAAUAAAAUCUUAAAGAAUUCUAUAACCUAUCGAACCAAAACGUAUCAUUCAAAUGUGAUGUCUUGCACAAGAAUGAUUUUACAUUGACAGUGUGCCGAAUUGGCUAGUAACUCACCAUGUUCUGGCAUGGAACAUCAUUUAGCAGCUUUCUUACCCUCUUCCUAAGCCACUAGUGGUACAUUUUGCGUUUCACUACAUCCAUGGCCUGAAUUAGUGAGCAUCUAUGCCACACUAUAGAUUCUAUAGUAUUUAGGACGAGCAUGCUGCGGGUGACUGCCUGUCUAUUGUGUUUUCUGAAAUGUCCUAUAUUUGAUGACUGCCUUUCAGGAAAUUCAGAAAGCCUAAUGCAGCAGGAUCAUAGAAAAAAAAAAAACAUAACCAGCAAUAUCACUAACAGCAGCAAUAAUCCUAAAAGCGAAAAUCCACAGACAUUAAGUCUUUAAUCCCAUUCAGGACGUUCAACAGAAAAACAGCUGGCCAAAUCCAACCCCUAGGUCAGAAAAGCCUGCAGAAACAUGUUCUGAUUUAACCACCAACCACAUAAUCUUUUUCCAUCACCCUUUAUUUAAUCCAUUCCACAUGCUAAAAUAUUAAAUAUAAUAUGAAGACAGCAAAUAUCUAAUCAUGAUUUAACAGGGGAUCAACCAUAUCUUAUUUCACAAGCUUGACUGUAAUGUGUAUUAUAGAAUCUGGUGAAUAACUAGGCUACACAGACAUUUCAACACAGGAUUAUGAGGCCUUGUGUGGCCCAUCCCUGCCAUGCUAAAAUGUGUGUGUUCUUACUCCUAACCAAACAUUACUAUUAUUGCUUACUUGGUUCCAAAAAUAGCAACGCAUUGCACAUACAGUUGAUAGAAAUGGUCAUUUCCCACUGUUGCUAUGGGUCCCAUUAAUGGUACAUUUCAGCAAAUAUGUUCAUUUCAGAGGGAAAGAGCGGAAUUACAGUAAGUAUGUCCAUGUCCAGUCAAUUAUUUCAAAGGAGGUGCCACUGUCAAGGAGACCAUUUGUCUGACACUGACUGAUUUGGGCAGUUUGUUUUCCUACAACAAGGGAGGGAUAUUCCAACACCGCUUCAUAAUUAAACCAUGCUUCCUUGUGCAUUAGAUUCUACCCUUUCCUGCCCAUACAACCGAAAGGGUGAAAAAACUACAACCCUGUUUACGAUCCUGAACUCAAGAGUAACCUCAUUCGACAGCCACCUCUGUCACAUCCGACCGACAUGAAGCGAAGAAACUUGUACUGCAGACUGCAACCAAUUCGGUAAUCAUUCCAAGUGGUUGCGGUUGGCUAUUGUUCAAAAUGUUUUGUUUAAAGACGAACACACCCACGGCAAAUUUACCAAAAGCAAAAACGCCAUCUUGCCACAGUACAAGUUAACUGCUGUCGAAUUUGUUCUGAACAAGCACAUUAGAAUCUACAGCCAUAUCGCCAAGCAUCCAGCCACACAGCCAUACAAAAUGUACGAAGACGCAGAAUAAGAACUUUUAGUUUUAGUAAUUGACGCACUAAAAUGCACACCGAAGAUUCGCCUCGUGUUAAUCUUGCAAAUAUUAUUUACAACAGAGAAGACUACUUUCAACGAAUUACCAGCAUAUCAAAUGAUAAAGGCCUGUGCGAAGGCUUCGAUCGACGCCUUGCAGAGUGGAACCAGCGAGAAUGGCAACGCCAUCUUGUUUUGUAGCUACCGCUAUUUAGGCCCAAUACUGCAUCACCCAUUGAUGCCAAAAAGUGGUCUGUCUUUUCACAGAGAUGGUUUGUGCGUCGGUCGUAUCUCGAGCAAAGAGGAAUACGACUAAAGGCCAACAAGCUGAGCCCAGAGCAGAUCACCGAGUACAAGGGCGUGUUUGAGAUGUUUGACGAGGAGGGCAACGGAGAUGUGAAGACCCAGGAGCUGGAGAGACUGAUGAGCCUGAUGGGCAUCAACCCCACCAAGAGAGAGCUCCUCCAGAUGGCGAAGGAUGUGGACAAGGACGGCAAAGGAAUCUUCAACUGCGAGAGCUUCCUGGGACUGAUGGCCUUGUAUCUCGAGAGAACAAAGAACCAGGAUGCAGAACUCCGAGCUGCCUUCAAAGUCUUCGAUAAAGACGCCAAGGGCUACAUCGAUUGGAACACACUGAAGUACGUGUUGAUGAAUGCAGGAGAGCCCUUGAACGAGCUGGAGGCUGAACAGAUGAUGAAAGAGGCAGACAAAGACGGAGAUGGAACUAUUGACUAUGAAGAGUUUGUGGCCAUGAUGACAGGUGACUCCUUCAAGAUGAGCUAAGCGGCUCUCUCAAGUGGGAAUAGAGCAAUGUAUGGACCCAAUGACAACUCUGGACAUCAAGAAGAAAGUCAAACAAGAACAUUUAGUACAUCUGCAAAUGUUAACUUUUGGAAUUGACUUUUGAAACUAACCACUCUCCACAUUUUUUCAAUAAAUUGUAUUUUGUGUUUAA